AGACGCACCAGAUACAAACGCAGAGGCUGCGCUGGAGGGAGAUUUGAGAGGCGCAUGGAGAGCUGUCGUUCCGAACCUUGGCUCACUGGAGACUUUAAUUGUUAAUAUAUUUCUCGCUUUAUCGCUACAUUUAACUUUUUACCACCAUGGAAGCAAACCCGAACAUAAAAGUGACGCCAAAAGGGUUUCUCUGCAUCUUAUGCAAUGCCAAUUUACCUAACUUGCCAAGCCUGGGUCAGCAUGUGAAAGGGCGCAAACACAUGACUCUGAGCACGGUGAAGGAGACCAGGAAGGCCCAGGGGGAGCGCAGUGUGUUCGUCAGCGGCAUCAAGCCUGACAUCUCUCAGACUGACAUCACUGAGUACUUCCAGAAGUUCGGCCAGGUCUCAGAUGUUAUCAUGGAUAAAUCCAAGGGUGUGUUCGCCAUCGUGCAGUUCACUGAGGUCGACAGCACACAGGCCACGCUGUCCUGCCUCGAACAUCGGAUGAAUGGCUUGAAGCUGCGAGUCAAACCUCGGGAGAAGAAGGAUUUCAAGCUGAUUCCCAAGAAGGCCGGGUCGGAGAACCUCCAACAGUCUCUCGACCGUCUCAAACCUCAGCUGUGUCAGUUGGCAUCUGUGGAUGCACAGAUGCAGUACGUUGUAGAGCGAUUUCAGCUGGGAGACAAUGAAAAGAAAGCCCGAGAGUUGCUGGUUCAGCUCCUGCAAGAGGUUUUCGUGGAGUUUUUUCCAGACAGCCAGAUUCUGCCAUUCGGUUCAUCCAUCAACACUUUCGGCGUCCACUCCUGCGACAUAGACCUGUUCCUGGACCUGGAAAACACAAAGGUGUUCCAGGCGCGUGCCAAGUCCACCACAGAACAGGCAGGGGAGGCCAUGUCAGACGAUGGCCGCUCAGAGGACUCCAUCCUGUCUGAUAUCGACCUGUCCUCUUCCUCUACCAACGAGGUCCUGGAACUUGUUGCAACAAUCCUCAGACGCUGUGUCCCCAGUGUGCACAAAGUCCACGUGGUCGGCAGUGCUCGCCUCCCUGUAGUCAAGUUCCAUCACCAGGAGCUGAACCUGCAGGGCGACAUCACCAUCAACAACAGACUGGCAGUAAAGAACACCCGCUUCCUACAGCUGUGCUCAGGGGUGGAGGACAGGCUGAGGCCGCUGGUGUUCACCCUCCGCUACUGGGCCAAGCAGAAACAGCUGGCUG